AUGUCCUCCUUCAGAGGGACAGUCGGGCCGCAGCGAAUGAACGAAGCAGUCUUCGCGGCUCGGCUUCACUGCACGUCAGCUUCGCUGGCUGAGUGCGCCGACUGGUGCGAGUGGAGACGGGGCCUUCAACGUGGACGCUUGGCGUCUCUGAUUGGCUCGGAGGAAGCAGCGGUCGGUGGAGGCAUGACGUCUCUGAUUGGUUCGGAGGAAGGAGCGGUCGGUGGAGGCAUGGCGUCUCUGAUUGGCUCGGAGACAGGCGGGUUCGGUGGGCGCAUCGAGUCGCUGAUUGGCUCGGAAGCGGGACCAAGCCGACGGCCUGUCCUCCUCUCGGCGCGUCGACUCCGAGGCCGGCUGCAUCACGUGCCGUGUUCGGUGCAACUGGACGGCUGA